UUCUUUGGUCUCUGUGAAUUCGCUCAGGCGCCUCCUUCUCCUUCCUUGGCCGCCGCCGCCGCCGCCGCCGCAGCUUGAGGCGGAGAUGGAGGAGUACGGCGCGGGGGACCUCCUGAGCGAGGCCAUGUGCGCCGGCGCGCGGGUGGUGGUGGUGGAGGACUGCGUGGAGGCGCCCGCCGCCUUCGUCCUCCACCUCCUCCUCAAGCGCGCGCUCGCGGCAGCCGGUGGCGCGGCGCUCCUCGCCCUCGCGCACCCCUUCUCACACUACGACCGCGUCCUCCGAAAGAUGGGCUGUAACUUGUCCAUGCAUAGGAAGAGUGAGAGGCUUCAUUUCUUUGACUUGCAGGCGUUCCCAGGUGGAACACGGGGAGGUGCCAUUGCUGAUAGCUUAGCUCAGCUGUAUAGUGGCGUUCAGAGAGUGGUGGAGACAUACAGGAGUGGAGAAAAUGCAGGUCGGUUCACGGUUAUGAUAGAUGAUGUUUCACUCUUGGAAGUUGCUGCCAGUGGUUCUGCAGAUGAUGUCUUGGACUUCUUGCAUUAUUGCGUGACACUUACGUCUGAGAUGAAUUGCUCGCUCGUGGUUCUUAUUCAUGAGGAUAUUUAUUCAAGCGAGGAUGGUGUGGGACUUCUCGCACAUCUGCGCUAUAUUGCGGAUCUUGUGAUUAAAGCAGCACCUCUGAGCACUGGUUUAGCCGCUGAUGUUCAUGGACAGCUGUCAGUAAUAAACAAAGGAAUGCUCAUCGAGCAAAGGCCGGCAAAAGGGCGGAAAGUUUGGAACUUCCAUUUUAAGGUGAAGGAAAACGGCGCAGACUUCUUCUACCCAGGGAGCAGACACUAGAACUUUGGGCACCGUAAAGCUGCAGAGCAGAUAUCACUCAAGUGAUGCCAUUUGAUGCGUCGCUCGUUAUGUUGGAAGUUGCCCUGUUUUAAGGAGCAUCAUGGAAAGGAAACCAGUUUUGCCCGGUUCAGGAUUUGCAUGGUUCCAUCUUUUUUUUGCCAUUUUCUAGGCAGCUUGUGUUGCCUUUAUUCAUUGGAAAUGGGGAUGUACUCUACAUUGUAAACCUUUGAUCUGGAGCAUUAGAGCAGACACUAGGGAGAACUGCAAUGCGAAAACAUAAGUACUCCCUCUGUAAAGUAAAUAAGACCUUUUAGAUCACUAAAGUAAGUAGUGAUCUAAAAGGUCUUAUAUUACUCCCUCUGUAAAGAAAUAUAUGAUCUUUUAGAUCAUUAUUACAGAGUGAGUAGAAGUGAAGUGCAACCUUUUGACUUUAGAACA